AUGUCGAAUGAAGACACCCAGCCGAGCCCCAACGAUAAUCAUAACGAUGAUUCGAAAAGUCUCAUCUGCGCACCGAGCCCAUCAGCGCUGACUCAAUCCACCACAGAUACCUCCGGCCACGAUAUAACGCGAUCUUACUUCUUAAGCCCGGGUUCCAUCAGGAAUUAUGAUGCCCUGACUGAGCAGCUACUCGAGGACCACCAGAGGCCGGUGAAAACGAAAGUCCAUGUCGACGUAAAUCUGAGUGUGGACCUUGAUCUAUCCCCUGAGGUGUAUGGGGACCUCCAUCUAUCGAUGCUAUGCGUUACAAUAAAGCGGAAGCCUUGGGAAGAGGAUGUAAUUGCAAGCGAUGGAAGGAGAAUUGCAGGGACAGUAUUAAGGAUCUCGGAUGGAGGAGGCAGAUUAGUCCAUCGUCAAGUUGUGGGGUUUGAAAGUUUCAGCGAGUGGUGGUGGGUUGUUAGAACGCAACUCCGUGAGUUGAUUAAGAGAAAAGCAGUGGGCUGGACUGAAAAUGCAAAGGGCUAUUUGGUACAUGCCAAUUCAAGGAGGCUAAUGAUGGUUUUCGCUUUUCCAGCAACAGUGCUUGCAGUGAUAUGCUGGAGGCUUUUUACGAAGUCGCCUUGA